GUACAAGCCUUGCCAUUGCCAAGAAAAAAACUUAUCAUCAAUAACAGAGUAUUAUCCCACAGAAAUGGCUUCUUCCGUGCAAGUUCUCUGUACUUGGAUGGUGAUCUCUUUGGUCCUCAUCAUCAAUGCUCCAACACUUGAAGCUCUCAAGGAAUUUAAAGUGGGAGACGAGUUGGGCUGGAUGGUACCUUCAGCCAAGAACGAAACUUCUCUGUAUAAUCAGUGGGCUGCAAGGAAUCGGUUUCGAAUUGGAGAUUCUCUUGUUUUCGAGUACCAGAAUGAUUCAGUUGUUUUGGUGGAAAAAUGGGGAUACUACCACUGCGAUGCAAGCAAGCCAAUCAUAGCCUUUAACAACGGGAAUAGCACCGUCAUGCUCGACAGGUCUGGCCUUUUCUACUUCAUCAGCGGUUCUCCUGAUCACUGCAGAAAUGGGCAGCGAAUGAUCGUAGAUGUUAUGUCUCCUCACAGGCGACAUCCUCUGUCUCCUGCUGUUCCACCAGAACCCUUUCCUGCUGCGCAUGCACCAGCACACAGUGCAGCGGUUUUGGCGUCUGUGACGCUUGGCUCGAUUGUAAUGGCCCCGGUUGCAUUGCUGCUGUUGCAACCUUAA